AUGACAGAGAGAAAGUGUGUUGACGACGAAACACGAGAGCAAUUCGUUGCGCAAAAAUUCCACAAUCACUGUAUCGAAUAUCCAUGUAAAACAUUGGCAAACAUUGUUCGGCCUAGAUUUCGAGUCUGA